AUGAAGAAGAAAAAGGUUAAAACGGGAAAAUAGAAAAUGUGUUGCGUGGAUUGAAUGUAAGAAUAGCAUAACAAUAUGUGAAUGUGAUUGAGAAGCCAAAAUCAAGAUUUUAAUUAAUUCAUCAAUAAUCAUAAUAAUAAUAUCAUUUUCCACACGGAGCCACUCUCCAAAGCUUCGAAGACUAAACACAAAUUUGGUUCAAAUUAUCAUCAUCAUCGAUAAAUACAUCAUGGGACAAAUCUUUGACAAGUUUCAAGGUGAAGAGUGGAGGAAAAAGCAAAUUAGGCAGAUAACAGAUAGAGUUUUUGAGAAAGUAAAGAAUCAAAUUCAAACAGAGAAUUUGAGUUUCGAAGAUCUGUAUAUUGCUGUUUUACUUGUUUACAAUGAUAUUAACAAGCUUAUUCCUGGUCCCCAUUUUGAUCCUCCGUCAAAAGAUAGAGUCAGACAAAUCAUGAAGGAAUGCGAUCUGAAUUUGGAUGGAGUAAUUGACCGUGAAGAAUUUUUCAGUUUCAUCCAGGUCAUGACAGCUGAUACAUUCACUGUUGUUAGUCAAAAACUUAUUAUCACUUUGGUUGUAGCACCAACUGUUGCAAUGGCAACAAAAAGAGCCACUGAAGGUGUCCCUGGUGUUGGAAAAGUGGUGCAAAAGUUACCUAAUGCAGUUUAUGCAUCCCUUGUGACCCUUGCAGUUGUGUGGUUCCAAAAGAUGGGAGAUGAUUCUCUAAUCAUCUGAUUAUUACUAUCAUUGUUCAUUUCUUAUAAACAUAAUGAUAGAAUUAUCUUGAUUGUACAUAGUAUUGCCACUUUUUGCAUGUUAUUGGUAAAAUUGCUGUCAUAAAUAACAAAGAUUGUGGUUGGCAUUUUGAACAAAAUAUAUUAUACUCUUUGAGUCUUGAGUUUUC